UAUCAUAUAAAUGCAUCAUCGGUUGUAUGUGUGCACGUGUUUUAUUAUCUCAUAAAACCACCAAAUUAAUAGUUAUUAAUUAGAAAAUAUAUUAAAUUUCUUUUAAAAUCAUGUCAUCAGUUAUGCUGGGUACUAUUAAUAAUAAUGAUUCCUCCGUUGAGCCGUUUAGUCUCACUAGCCGGUUUUUUCCAUCUAAGGUAGGAGGCCAACCAGCGUGGUUAGAUUUGAAGCAAAUCCCAGAAGCAAGUGAAUUGACGUGUUUGAAGUGUAAUAUUCCUUUAGUUUUCUUGUGUCAAUUAUAUGCUCCAAUUAAUGAACCAGAAUUCAAUGGUACUUGUUUUCAUCGAACAUUAUUUGUGUUCUAUUGCCACGAAUGCAAAGAUGAAAGAACAUACACGGUUUUCAGAUCACAGCUUCCCAAACAAAAUGAUUACUAUUCAGAAGAACCAGCAGAACCUGCUGAUCCUAAUAUUGUACCAGAUAUGUGGGGAAUCUCAUUAUGUAAAGUUUGCGGAUGCAAGUCUGUGAUGGAAUUUCAAUAUAAGUAUUGUAGUUUACAUCAUAAGAACAUUGAUUUAAAUAAAGAAUUAAAAGACAAGUUCAUUGCAGUAUUACCAGAAUAUAUUAUUAAUGAAGACUGUGAUGAUUGUUCAGAAGAUGGUUCAUUUAAUAGUGAAGAUGAUGAUAGUGAUGACAGUGACAAUUUCAAUGAAGGCAUUAUUCCUAAAGGCUCCCUUCAUGAUAUAAGUAAUGUAGAUGAAGCUUUAUUAGAAAUGGCUUAUGGAGGUGACAAGGAUGAUGAAUACUUUGAAAAGUUCAAAAAAUCAAUUUCUGCAGUUCCUGAACAAAUAAUUAGGUAUGACCGCUCUGGAUUGCCAUUAUGGAUUUGUACAAAACGCAUUCCUAAAUCACAUGACAUUCUACCUUGUCAAAAUUGUGGCAAACAAAGAAUUUUUGAAUUUCAAAUAAUGCCACAAAUUUUGUACUAUUUGAAAUUGCCUGAAUCUUCAAGGAAAGAAUCAUUCAACUUUGGUAUUUUAGCUGUAUAUACUUGUCCUGAAAGUUGUGACAGUGGUCCAAAGUAUAAGAAAGAAUUUCUAUGGGAACAAAGUGCAUUAUGAUAAGAUAUAUAUUUAUUUAGAUAAUAAUAUAUAUUACCAAAAGUAAUUUUCAUUGCAAUUA